UUUUGCUAUAACGCUUCGAAAAGCCGGCUGUUCCGUAUGUGGAUUAGCCAGGCCAAGUAAAUAUCAGGUCAUAGUUUAUGAUAGCAACUAUUGGCGAGUAUUAGAGUUUCAUAGUCACUGAAAACGCGUUGUCAAUGUUCCAACUAAAACUCCGACACUGCCUUGUGCUAUCUCCUGGUGACUGCCGGCUAAGGAAAAACCCACUGCCGCCACUCAGACAACUCCCGGAGACAUGCGAGAAAAAGAUGUGCCGACCUGGCACAAGCAUUUCGUGCAGGAAUGCACGCCUAUCACGGCGACAGUAAGUUUGCUUAUGUACGACGGAGAAUUACUCGGCUUGUAUAAAUAUGCAAGGAAUCCCCCUGAUUUCAAUCCACUUUCCGUGACUUCACACGCAUCUCUCCUACACCCACAGGAAAGACAAUCGCCCCUAUACACACACACAAUGGUUGCUAGAAACGCCCAAAUCGGUUUUGCCAUCGGCUUAUUGGUCCCAGUCUUGGCCACCAAAUUCUACAUCAAGCCCAAAUUGAUCAAGAACGACAUCAACGACAUCGAGUUGUUGAAACACGACUUGGAAUACGCCACCUGGCACUUGCGUCUCCUCCAAAGAAAUGCCGGUGUUGCCGACGCUGACUUGUACUACCCCAACGGUAGAUUCAAGGCCUUGGUCCAGGGUUAGCCGCCCGUCGUAUCGGGUAUUGCUCUGGAAGUACGGCUCGGAACAGACUCAGUGGCAUCGGUUCAAAGAAGUCACUAUGCCAGGUAGAGUACGAGCAAUCAGGAUGUUCAAUUGCUCCGAGGUCUGGUAAGGUGCUAGUAAAGCUUUCGCCUACAAAAAGCUUCUAGUUCAAUCCUCUGUUGAGGAUUCGCUUUAUUCCACAAUCUAUAUACACCUCUAGCUUAUAAUUUGACUUGUGAGUAUUAUACUUAAAUGUAGGGAGACUGGUCUUGUGGUUUUUUGUCCUGGUUAGAUUGCCUUACCUAGUUGAAUUUCUCUUAUGCAAUGUAAAAUCGCUAUCCCAAAUCAUCAAAAAAAAAGACACUUAACGUCGGCGGCACAUUUCCU